GGCGCAAGCUCGUAUGAAUGCAGUUCAUCGUUGGAUACGAUGACCUUGAUCAACCUUGGAGACCCAAUAGCCAACAUCAACUUGACGUGUCAAACGACGCGUCUCCGCUGCCAUGCGGGCAAGAAGCUUUGAAAACGAUUGACGACCGCCCGUGAUGUUGCAUGAGAUCUUGCUGGCUCUCUCUGGCCAUCGCUCGCCGCUCUUCGACCAUGUUCAGAUUCCGGGAAGACUGGCAAAGGACAAGGCUGGAGCAACUGGCGUGACCGAACUGGUGUCACCUUCAGAAGCCGCGCUGCUAGAGCCAAUAGGGAGGCUUGCGCGACUUCAUCGUCUCCUGCGGCACCAUGCUCAAGAUAUUGCUGCCAACCAUGAAUCGAGCAUCUGCCGUGCCGUGGCGACAUCUAUCCGUGAGAAGCAGCUGGCCCGCUUUCAACAGAAGAUCCUGAUUGUCGAGAGCAGGAUCUUGGCACAAGACGCUACGCUUGUCGGCGCCUACGACAUCGUACCUCUUGCUAGUGUUGUGUGUGAGUUCGACGAGUGGCACUGCCUGAUGGAGUGGCUGUGGAAGACUGUUCGCUUUGUGCAGCCAGAAGCCCAAGGCGAGAGCCAGUCCCAACCGCAUCAGGCUUGCAACGGAGCAACUUUGAUCAACUACCUUCGUGAACAAGCCAGUACCGGCUUCCUAGAGAUUGAGAUGGCGGCUGCGGAGCUUAGCGGAGCUGCAGAAACCGCUUGGCUGAGGCAGCUAUCUUCCUGGCUUGUAUCUGGUAAGCUACCGUCACACGGCGCUCAUGAUUUCUUCAUCAAGAUGAGUACCGACUCGGAAGGCGACCAUGUCGUAUUUAGCAAAGACCAGCAACUACUACCUACUUUCGUUGCGCCCCAGACAGCAUCUUCGAUUCUGUUUAUUGGCAAAUCGCUCUAUCAAGUGAAGCGCCCUAUGCACAAGCCUCCAAUCGGCAUUGCAGUGGAUGGAGCAGAGCUUGCUACUGCGCAUCUCCAACAGCUCACGUCUCUGCGUCUGCCUAUCAUCCCUUCACAGCUUACAAGCGCUGUCUCCGCCAUCAGAGUCUCACUCUUCCAGAACAUCCUGCAGAUUCUCCUUCCGAUGGACAGUAUCGAAAACUUACUGCUGUGUCUCCGGCGAUACUUUUUGCUCGACCAUGGUGACUUCGCCAUGGCUUUGAUUGAAGAAGCAGAAACGGAGCUGCAGGCAAGGCAGCGGAGCAUCGGUCGCUUUGGGCAGCAAGAUCCAGAAAAGGCUCUUAAAGGUCUUGUGAUCAACGAUGCGGAGCUGCAACAGACCUUGACUAGGACCUGGAAAGCUCUUGCUAGGGACAACGGUGAUGGGGACGACGCAGCCGAAUACGCCGCGAAACACUUGACGCUCGCUGUGUCUUCUCAGAUAAACAGGUCCAGCUCGUCAAAUAGCUUGCACGACACGGCAGAUAAUCUACCUCGCCAUCUGUUCAGUGAUGCGCUCUUCCCGGCGCGCACGACACUCGGCAUGAAGCUCGACCCGCCACUUGACCUCUUCCUGAGCCUGAGGGAGCUUGAGACUUACUCCGUCAUCAACGCCUACCUAUUGGCCAUCAGACGGGCUCAGGUCAAGCUUUCCGAGCUUUGGCGACAAAGUACAGUGCGGCGCGACCGUCUUACAACCGAGUAUCUCAAGAUGGCUCCCGAAUUACGAACCCGAAUCAAGACUCGGACUCGACAAUCUCGGAAAUUGUGGGCUACCUGCACCGCAGCAAAUCUCCUCGUCUGUGAGACUGCUGCCUACAUGGAAGGCGAAGUCGUCAAGCAGUCCUGUGAUGAGUUCGAGUUUUGGGUGAAAAACCCGACCUGUUUCGCCGACGUGGACGGAUCCGGAGUCAGUCUUGGUCGCAGCCAGCGCACCGAUGUAGCGCAACGGGAUCCAGAGACUUUGGCGGCAGCUCACCGUGCAUUCCUCGCAGCGCUUACGCACGCCUUGCUGCUCACCGAUGCGUCGUUCACCAAAGCACUCCGCUCACUUCUCGGAAAUAUUGAUGCACUCAUCGCCUUUAUCUCUCAAUUGGUCGACAUACAGCAAAAGCUUGACGUAGAAGUUGAAGCCGGCGACCAGAGCAGCUACACCGUGGAGGAGGAGCAGCGUCUUGCGCUCGAGCUGGACCGCGCGAGGAAGAGGGUCGACAGUGACAGAAGGUCUGUAAUCAAUAGACUGCGACAGCUAAACCAUAAGCGCAUCGGAUCGCUCAGAUAUCUACCGAGAACUCUGAACGGUAUGAGCGAUUUCGAGCCUUGGAAAGGCGGCGGAGUUGAUCGAUUGUUGAUGAAGCUACAAUUUGCGGAGAUGACUGACGAUGGCAUUGAUGUGGUAUAA